AGGACUCCGAGCGCAGAUCACUGAGCUCUGGAAGCACAUGGAUUCCUCGCCUCUGCGGAAGAGAGGCCAAGAAGAACAGCUGCAGCAGCUUGGCAACGGCUUGGCCGCCGUGCAGAACGGCUUAGCUUCGGCGCAGAGCGGCGUGACCUCGGCGCAGAACGGCGUGGUCUCGGUGCAGAGCCGGGUGCAGGAGGAAGGCCGAGAGCGCGAAGGCCUGCGCCGGGAGUUUCAGCAGCAGCAGGCGGAGAUGAGGCGUCAAAAGGAGGAGCUGCAGAAGCACCAAAAGGAGCUGCAGCAGCAUGCCAAGGAGAUUCAGAAGCAUGCCAAGGAGCUGCACCUGCAGACGCAGCUGGGUCUUGAGGACAAGAGAGAGCGGCACCUGCCCAUGCAGAGGCUGCAGGCUGUCAGCGACGACCUGCACUGGUUCAAGCGCCAGGUCUAUGCUGCUUCGCUGCAGCGGCUGUAUAGCGCUUGGCUCCUCAUCAGGCUGGGCUUUGCGCGUGUGCAAAAGGAUCAGAAGAUGGCGGUGCGGGAUAUGAUUCCUCUGGAGGAAAAGCCGAUGAGCGGGUUCAACAGCGAUGAGGAGCCGCUCUCCUCCCGAGGCAGCUCCUUCUCCGAUCAGGAGGACAUCGUCCUGGGCAUCCAAACUCCCGAGAUUUUGCCGGGCCAGAAGGGCUACUUCCAGGUCACCACAGGUUGGCUGUUGGUGGUCACCUUUACCUCUCUUCUGCAGCUCCUCGCGCUCUCGAACAUGUUCGCCUAUGGCCUGACCCACGGCAACGUCUGCUUGGACAAGCCGAUGAAUAACUUCGACUGGUGGAUCUUGCACCUGUCCAAGGCGGGGGGCACCAUCAUGGUGGGUGCCUUUAUGGCGGGUGACGUCAUGGACACCGUGAACUUCUUGAUGGUGGAGAUCCUCGUGGAGAAGGAUGCGAGCCCAAAGGCGAUCUUCUUCUUGAUCUGGCGAAUCGUGGUCAUCGUCUUCGUCGGCAUCACCAACGCCAUCAUCUUCAUCGUGUCCACCACGCCGGACGGCGUUUGGCUGAUGAUCACCGCCAUCAGCUUCAUCACGGAUUUGCCCCACGGGAUGAUGCACGUGGCCCGUUCCGGCAUGCUGGGCCAUUACAUCAGCAAAACGAUCACCGAGAUGAACUUCAACCUUUGCCUCUCCGCGGAGUACCCCUGGUGGUUCAAGCCAGUGCGGCACGUGGCUCACCUGGUGCUCUUCGGGCUGAUGGGCAUCCUCUCAGGCUAUGCCUUCCUGAAGCCUAUGCAGUUAUGCCCCGAAGAUGGGUCAGAUCCAGUCAACAUCUUCUACCACUGGUGGGAGCUUUUCUGACCCACCCUGCGGCCUGCAGAAGAUCGGACCUCGCAGCAAGCAUGAGCAAACGAGCGCGCUGCUUCGUGCAAAGCUGCGACCCACUCACAGGUUUGUUCCUGAAAUAAAC